AUGCAGAUCACAGGUUGGUUGUCGCGUUUUAGGCGCUUACUUCAGCGGCUAUACAUUGAGCGAAGCUUUUUUCACCCGUUCGAGAUACUCCUGGCCCUGCCUGGGUUCCAUCUGGUGGAGAGAUUUCGUAAGCGUAGCUGGAUGCGUGUGUUGUUCGUGUUGACACGCGUUAUUCAGCUGCUGCAGUAUGCGUUGUGGGUGGAUCGCUUUUAUCUGGGAUUGAUUGAUUCAUCAGGUUCCUCCGAAAAGACGCUCCAUUACGGCAACACUCUCAGUGCGUUGACCAUGAUGCUCGUUCGAAUGCUUGUAGUGCGGUGGCAUAUGCCGAACGUCGAAGAAUUCAAGGAAUAUCUUCGACGACAGAGACGACUGAGAGUUACGAAGCCUAACUCAGGAACGCACCGAGUAUCCUAUCGGAAAAUCGUUAACAUCGCCAUUAUGUUCCAGCUCAUCGGAUUGGCGGAUCGAUUGGUAUUUUGCUUCUCCAGUACAUAUCGUCAAGAGUUGUACGAGUUACCGUCGAAUAUUGCGGAACUUGGAUGGCCUAUGGAGAUAGUGUUACAUGUGAUUUCUUUCGAUUUUGCGUCACGCUGGGCUGCAGCAUACAACGUGUCUCUAACUGGCAUGAACUCCAUCAUGAUGGGACUGUACGACGAGCUAGUAGACAUUGCGGAAGAAUACCGUCAAUUAUUCGCUGGAAGCAAGGAUGACAGUGAGUUCUGGGCUUGUCUGGAGCGCAACAUCGUGCAAGCUGUCAAGCGCCACGAAGCAUUCAUUUCGCAACUGGAUCAGCUGAAACCAUUCCUGUAGGCCACAUUCUUGGUGAUGUUCUACUCUGCGGCACUGUUCCUCGCAGUUGGUACGUUCAUAAUAACGGCUAACGGAACAUCCACGUACGAUGUUAUCCUUAGCGGUUUUCUGUUUGCGUUACUACUUGAGUGUUAUUGGUGCUGUCAACUUGUCGAUCGACUCAACGAUAUGGUACGAGUUGACGAGUGUACGAGCUCAUUGGGAUUUCUCUAAUAACCUGUACUCCAUUACAGA